GUCAAAUACUGUCAAAAAAAUAUCACAAAAUGUUGAGAAAAUCCACGGAAAAUAGACAGAAAAUCUAAAGUUAAUUUUUUUUUUACUCUUCUCAAGAGUCCAUUAACUCUGUGCUUAAAAUUAUUUGUAAUUAAACUAUAUUUUGUGACUUUUGUUUAGAACUGUGUUUUCGGAUUAGUGAAAACCAAAGUUUUUUUUUUAUCUUUGAAUGAGUGUCGUUGCUGUAUUAUAUACACUUGUGAAUAGUUGUGAUAUUUUCGUGUGAUGGUGUUUGAUGGAGAACAGAAGGAGUAGAGAAAAAAAAAAUCAAUGAAGUGUUCCAAGUGCAUUUUGGUUGGUUACAGAGGAAGAAGCAGUGCUGCAAAUCACACAUUUUCGAUUGAGUAAUGUUUUUAUGUGCGGAUUUAUCUGUUGGAUUCUUACUUUGUGCUGCAUUAACUAAAUUAACGUGAAAAUUGGUCACAUUUCAAUUCCAUUGGUCUGAUGGAGGAUGAUGAUAUAUAUGGAGUUUGAUAAGCAAGGAUAGUGUAUUGAGCAGGAGAUGAAUAAAAACGGAAACCCAAUAUCAUCGCGAGUAUAUCCAAUAGAAUAAACUGUAGAUGCGAAAAAUGCACGUUACAACGCAUUCAACGAACCUAAGCUUCACUGUGCCUGUAUCGACAAAUCCAAACAACACGACCAACAAAUCCACAAAUCGACAAGACGAUCCAACCGAAUUGCAGCAACAUCAAGGACAACAAACGCAGCAAAAUGAUGACGACAGUGAAAUGGCCGAUUGCGAUACUGAAGAGGAGAUUCCCGCCUCUGUUAUCAGUAGUGUUGGUACAGUCAAUUACCAGCAAUCGUCACAUCAAAUAUUUGUCGUUUCUCGGCCGAGCAGUCAAGACGGCACAACAAUACAACACUUUCAAGCCGCACCAAUCAUCAUUUCUCCAUCACAGCAUACAACAACGACAAAUUUACACAGCACAACGCCGACCUCCAGUACUUCACUAAGAAUGUUAAACACACAUCAGUUGGCUAGUCAGCCCAGAUUACAUCCGAAAAAGCGAAAAUUCAAUCCCGCUGAACUGGAAGAAAUGGAGCCAACUACAGUUGCCACCACAUCCAAUCGUAAUGGUAAUGUGAGUGAAUGGACACCGGAAAAACAACAGUCACAGGAAAUGGUUUAUUCUAUUGCUCCGAAAAUGGUUGUUACAACAUCGACGCCUAUCAAAGACGUGCUGGCCCAGAAUCGUGUACAAAUUCAAAGUCAAAUUCAAUCGGGAUUUGCGGAUUCGGUGGUACAGAAACGCGCCAGCAACUACAUCACAAACACACAACCGUUCGUCACGAGUUCCGACACGCCAAUGGAAACGCUGGAUUUAAGUGAAUGGUGCAAUCAACGAGUUCUAGCCAAACAGAAUGAAUACUAUGCAACUGGUGUAACACGCCCGGCGAGUGGUAGCAGUUCCAUAGCUGUUGAAUUCGAUUAUCCGGAGGGCAGUACGAAAGUGUUUCAAGAUGUGUUCGGUAGUGGAAGAUUCGAUGUAAUCAGCGAUGCUAGUCCCCCAGUCAAUGAAAUUUCGCUAGGCUGUCGUGUUUGUAUACGAACCGAACUGACCAAUCAAACAGUCAUUUAUGUUGAGGGUGUCAUUACGCAAAUUCUGAAUGACACGAAACAGUUUUCCGUACAAAUAUUGGGUAACGCACAAGACGUGAGAACAGUGAAACGAGGUCACAUACGACUGUUACGACCUCCUUGGUGGGACGAACUGAAUGACAUCUCGCCGAAUAAUUUGACGAGCGUGUCUUCGAUAAGUAAUUGUGGACCCGGUACAAAUAACAAAGUUCAACUAAACGAAAUUCGGGGAAUGGUUGUCAAUCAACCGAAACCAGCCAGUGAGCCGUCAAUAAUUUACAACAAUCAGGUGAUUGGUCGUCUGGAUAGUGCAAUUAAAACAGUGGACGGACGACACGUUUACAUCAAAUAUGAUCAACCACCACCGCUGCAAAUCCAUCAUGUUUUGCCUACGUUACAGCCGAAUGAUGAUUACUAUCACCGUACAGCUGCCACAUCACCAUUUCAAUCGUCUAGCAAUACGAUGUCCGAUACAAUUGUUCAACAUAGUGCGGGCCCAUCAUCGUCGAUUAAUCAAAUUCCCGACAUUAUAGUCUCACAACAGACCACAGUAUUAUCACCAAAGUCUGUGUCAGAUGAACUGGUUCGCCGUCAUCAGGCGAAACAAUACGAAGAUUAUGAGAGUGACGAUGAAUUGCGGCGCGAAGACAUUAGUUUUCCGAUUGAUGGAGGCAGUAGUAAGCGAAGUAGCGUUCAAAGUCGAGGCAGCACAAGCAGUCUCGUAGACCAACGACUGACACCACGAUCUCAUCCACCAACACCUCGAUCUCAAGCGGCCACACCGCAUCGUUUCAAAAAAGGUGAUGUUGUACAGUCUGAAUCCGGUGUGCGAAAAAAGUUUAACGGCAAGCAAUGGCGUCGUUUGUGCUCGAAUCCACAAUGCAAUAAAGAAUCUCAACGGAGGGGUUUAUGUUCGAGACAUUUGAAUCAAAAGGGUGCUCUGCGUUCGACGGGUCCGACGAGAUUUCCCAGUCGUUCCAGUAGUAAAACACAAGCAGACGAAGACACAUCGAGGGACUCCGAAACGUCGCCGAAUUAUAGAGUUGCCGGUAGAUUCGAUCAGGAAGAAACAGACGUUGCGAAUAUGUUGGUUUCAUUGAGUAGUUCACGUUCGGCAACACCGUCAUUUUCCUCACCAACCAAUCACGGUACAUCGCCGAUGAAUGUAACGCAAUCACCGUUGACCGUUGGCAACAAACAAAAUAUGUUUCUGCCGAUCGGCAGUCCAGCUCCGUCGGACUCGUCCAAGUGGAAGAGUAACAGCACUCCGAGUCCCAUACCGUAUUGCAUUGGCCCUCAACAGGUUGUGAUUCGACCGGAAUUGGUCAGACCGCAGCAGUCAUCGGCACCUCAAACGCAACAACAGCCAGGCCAACAGCACCAACAAAUUCAACAUCUUCCGCCACAGCCACAAUUACGCCCGCCAGCUACACAAGUUGUGCCAGUCGGUCAUGCCACCAGUGUCAUUCGCAUAUCGCCGGCUUCGUCCAACAACAGUUAUCCGUCAUUUCGUCCGGUCAUCGUUGAUCCGACGCAGCUAGUGCCAUUUCUACCACCGUCAUCAAUUCCUUCGCAGGUGCCACUUAUUCAACAAGAAAAGUCAGCUCCAAAAAACGGGAUAACGCCGGGGUCGAUUUAUCAGUGGCAUUCUCUAUUGCCAAGGAUCAGUUCCCCCGCUAAACCUUCAACCGCUGUUACUUCACCGACUGCUAAAAUUAUGACACCUCCACCAUCUGAACCGUCUCCAGAUGAUGACGGCGAAGAUCAAAUCGACGAUGACGUAUUCGAACCAGUUCCAUCGGCUGUACCAGCAAAUUCUCAACAGUUGCCAUCCUCCACGGCUGCUAACCAAUCAUUUCAUUUGCAAAGCAAUUUAAAUGGCGGUAGCCACCCAAAUAUUUAUGCCAGUAGUUUGUCGUCGAUUCGUGAGAAUGGCAUUACACACAACGACAAUAAGCAAUACACAUCCACUUCCUCUACAACGCCAUUAACAUUAACAUCCACUACUACCACAGUAAACGGAACCAUCCCGUCAACACAUUCCAGUUUUACAGUUGGAAAUGUGAUGAUAAACAGCCCGGUUUUGCCGAAAACGGAUAGCGCAGCUGAUGUUAUGUCAGCUGUUAAGCGACGAACGCAGUCAUGUAGCUCUAUCCAGGGCUCCAAUAAAGAGCCGCAAAGUCCCUUAUCGAAAAAGGACAACAAAAUUCGUCGUCCAAUGAACGCUUUUAUGAUAUUCUCCAAAAAGCAUCGGUCGUUGGUACACGAGAAACACCCGAAUCAGGAUAAUCGAAACGUCAGCAAAAUUUUGGGUGAAUGGUGGUACGCAUUGGGCUCGGACGGUAAAAAUCAAUAUCACGUGCUGGCUAGCGAGAUGAAAGAGGCACACUUUAAGGCAUACCCCGAAUGGAAAUGGUGUUCCAAAGAUCGCAAAAAGUCAUCCAGCUCCAAUAAGGAUUCACGGGGACGGCUAGGCUCGUUGGACGGAGACGAGAACAGUCCAGCUGAGCAUGAGUCGAUACCAUUGACUAUAGCGUCGUACAAUUCUACGGAAGAAGCGGAUUCAACAGUUUCGCCGUUAGCUAAAGGCGAUGAUCCUCAUCAAUUCGCGACUCCAGAUUCAAUGUACGUAUCUUCUUCCAAUUUACCCGAUCGGAAACCGUUUAACAACGUUGAAAACAUGUCUGACGAUGAGCAGAUGGUCAAUGCUGAGCCAACGUCAUCAGCUGAGGUUGCAGAAAUUGAUUUGAAAUGCGCAGAAAAGGUAACCGACUCAGAUGUUGAGGAGUCAAAUUUAGAUUCCGAAGACACGCAAAAAGCUAAGAUGCAAGUCGAUCCGGUGCCACCGUCACCAAGUUCGCUUAGCUUUUCAGCAUCAUCGUCAAGUGUUACUAACGUUACGACAACAUCAGCAGCAACAACAGCACCGUGUGAACAAGUGGCUGCCGGCGUUAAUAAUGCCACGUCACGUGAUGUCACGUGUAAACCGACACCGAUUAUGACUUAUCCACAAAUUCCAAUUUAUGCAUUCAACAGUCCGAAAAAUCCGAGCGGUGUAUCACCAUUUCAGCCAACUGGCGGUGCAUUCAAAACGAUGCCAGCUAGCCCAAAGAGUACAAAAUCGGUGUCGGACUCUGAGUACAACUCGAUGAAAUCACAAAUCAAACUGGAAGAGGACCAACAGCCAUUCGGUAAUAAGUCGUCGUCGUCGUCGAUUUUCACCUUUCCGACCGAUCAAGUGCAAUUUAACGCUUUGCAACAACAACAUUGCGAAGCGAUGGCUUUAGAGCAACAACGUUGCAAUCAACAGCAACAGAUGGCAAACGAGAAUUUCCUUAGCCAAUGUAACAUGCUCAGCAAAGCUGUAUCAUCGUCUGGUGCUGUGUCCGCUUCGGGAACGCCAAUCAUGGCCACCAAUCAAUUGACCGGACAGAAACAGUUGAUGUUUUUGAACAAUAAUCAGUUAACGUUCCUCACUCCCUUCUCCGACGAGCAGCAAUACUUGAUCAAUCAGCAACGUGCUAAACUGAUGCCUCCGAACAUCAACCAAUCGAGUUCACAGUCCAUUUCAUCGAGCAAUUCCGUGAAAACGCCUACAUCUGUGCAGUAUGUCAUCGGAAAGGUUCCCAAUCUGUUGAUAUCAACGCCGAAUUAUGAUUCAAAUUCCGGCAACACCACCAACAUUAAACAAGAACCUGAAUCUCCUCAUCAAAGUUUACCAGCUACACCAAAAUCCGUGAACGAGCAUCUAUUCGAAUCCAGUUCAUCGAAUCGUAUGGACACCGGUGCUUUUGAUUCUGAACACAAUAACAACAAAGAGUUCGACGAGCCGGAACACAAAAAGUUCAUAUUGGCUCCAACGCCAGCUCAAUUAGGACGAGCACCUUUACAGCGACGGCAGAAAAUGGGUGGAGUGUCAGUUAGUGAAACUGCAACAUCAAAUUCACCAACCAUCAUUAUGGCACCAUCGAUACCAACGUCCAUAUCAUCCGCACUGCCCACACCGAAUUCUGCAGCUGCUAAUGACGACAUUCAGAACCAAUUUUCGCCAUCAAUGAAGAAACCAUUCUUCAAAAAGCACAAAGAUGAUAACAUGGAUAGUGUUUUGAAGCAGGUCGACUUUGAGAAGAAAUUCCAAACGUUGCCUCAAUUUAAACCGGAUGAAUAUCAGUCUCCUGGUCCCAUAUCGGUGCCAUCGUCUCCUCGAGUAUUUCCCUCCAGUUAUCAUAAGAAAAAGUCAGCACAUCCGAUCCCACCAUUGUCAUCCAAUCCUUAUUACGAAGACGAACCAUCGACCAGCGGCAUUAUGUCUGCCAUGUCAACAGCAUCACUACCAGUUACUGCUGGUGUUGUUGCGAAUCGAUUUUUCGGACCAGAGUUCAGCAUCGAUCGAAUAAAUCAAUGCGAAAUCGGUACCGACAAUUCGGAACGUUCGCCACGCACGCCAAAAACGCACGAUGGCAACGAAAAAGGACAUCGAAAAAUAUUGGAACAACGUCGCACUCUUGUAAUGGAAUUGUUCAAUCAAUGUGGCUAUUUUCCAUUGGCUAGUGAUACGGCCGCAUUUCAGGAGAAGCACAAAGACGUUUUUCCACAUAAAUCGAGUUUACAAUUGAAAAUACGAGAAGUUCGCCAAAAAAUUAUGAAUAAAGCGCCCCAUUCGGCUGGUCCAAUUACGCCGCCAAGUGAACAACAAACCGCAUCUCAUCAGUCACAGCAAAUGGAACAAAGUCAACAGCAGCAGCUACCAUCGCCACAUGAAUCGUCCUCAUAGUGUCUGAAUUAAGUCUAUUAAAAGUAAAAAUUUUGUUGAUUUCUUCAAUACUUUUUUCCUUGCAAAUAUUUCUGCCAGCGAAUGACAGGAGUCAAAUGCCAUUUUACACACUCUUUAUUGAAACGACAAAUUUCCGUAACGUCUUAUUCGCAUCAUGUACCCAUAAUAUUUCGGUCGUGUCGGUUGCUACGUCAUUCAAUAGUAUUUAACAUGACUAGGGAUAAAAUGAUGAGAAGUAGAGUUUUCGUGGGAAUUUUGUUGAUCCGAGGCGAAGCCGAGGUCAAUAAACAUACGAAAACGAGGCUGUUCAUUGUUAUCAUCAGCUGGUACAGUAACAGCUCAGGAACGGAUAUACGGGUUGCGCUUCUGUAUAAGUUUUCAAAUUCGCGUGAAAUGUUUUGCAGAAAUAUUUUUAUGAAAAGAAAUGUAAAUUGUCGGAGUCACUGGUUUGCACUUCUAUCAUAAGUAAAAUUUGCGAUGCUUCUCUGGUGUGUGAUAAAGAAAGAGUCAAGUGUAAUGGUCCAGAAAAGAUUUGUGAAACUGGGAAAUUCGGUGCCAAGAUCAGAGAAAGACAAAGUGAAAUUUGGAUCGCAUGUUGCCACACAAAAAUUAAGCUAAACUGAAAGAAAUGAAUAUCGGUGAAAGAAACUUGAAAUUACCUACGCCCUUUCGUUUUUUUUUUUAAAUUGAAAAAUAGAACAAUGAACUAUAAUCAUUAUGGUAAUUGACAGGAAAAAAAAUGAAAAACAAUUUAGAACCGAACUGCUACCAAGAAACAUAUUGAAAUAUAAUGAAAAAAACUAAAAUAGAAAACAGGUUAAGGAAGCAACAGAGAUAAUGAAAACACUAAGCAUAGAGAUAACAUUUGCAAUUUUUUUUAUUUUAAAUUUACCGCUUACAUAAUAAACAAACUAUAGAGAGUGAAACACAUACGCAAACACAAUAAUCAAUAAAACUAAACGUGGGUAAUCAAAGGAAUUCUAAAUGAGAAAACUGAGAGUUGUGUUUAAUUCAGUUAUAUUCUGAAGAAAAAUCGAACGCAAUAAAAUAAAAUGAGUCCUAAAUCGGUACUACGAAAUUCGUCGCUUUUGUUGCGUAACAAUUACCCAGCAAAAUAUUUACUUACCGCAUUAUCACAUAUAUUAUACUAAAAGUAAAUUAAUUUGAUAAAUACAACGUUACAAUUGAAUAAACUGAUUAGGUAAAUAGCUAAACGAAAGGAAUACAAAAAAAAAUGUUUUUAAUUCAGUAAAAUCAAACGGAAAUAGAAAUAGAAAUUUUACCGUUGCCUCAAUUUUUUUUUUAAAUUUUGAUCUAGAAGCGAUUUAUAACCAACAAUAAGCAUAGAUGUUAGGGUAAUUCAUAGCAUAAAUAUUAACACACUUGAUAUUUUGACAAAAAGAAAUUUAAAUUGAAUUCGUAUGACUUUAAUUUGGAAUCUGAAAUGCAUAAUAACAGUCAACAGUCCCAGGAUAUCAGUGCUUUGCUUCUAAAUUGAUUUCUGCAGUCGACGAGAUUCUGAAAAUUUCACAAGAAAUUUAAAGAAUUUGAAACUUGCACGUAACUUUCCAUCAAGUAAUUUACAAGCAGUGUUUACGUUUGGGAAAAUGUUUUUCUAAAUUUCCCAAAAUUUCUUAAUUUGGAAAAUUUUAAAUUUUUGAGGAAAUUUUUGGAAAUUUAGAAUAUUAAUUACCAAAACAAACAGGCCAUGCAGUUCUUCAGAUAAUCACUUUCCUUAAAAAAAUGGAUUCCUCGGAUCACUUCUUGGAGUUUCAAAGAAUUUCCAAUGGCCAAUCUUCAUUUUAUCUCAAUGCCUUCUUACCGUAACACCAGCCGUAUAGGUGGAAGAGAGUUUAUUCUAAAAACAAGUUUAACGAGUCUAUUCGUGGGACGUCGAUUUCCUUAAAUUUAUCAAUAUUCACCAGACCCAGAAAUGACACAAUGGCCAAAUAUAUUCUUUGGAAUCGAUAAAGCCUCGGCCUCGCCCUAGUUCCAUCCGUCAUCCUGAUUAUUCACACGCCAAUUUUGUUAAAAACAUUAACGGCUUAUUUUGACCAUGAUCAGCCAAAAGAGUCCACUGCCACCGCGACAAAGUGAUAGCUAGUCUCCAUUUUCGAGUAUUUUGUGUGUUUUUGUUCUCCGGAUUUUCCGACGCAAAGGCCGGUCGUUUUGAUCAAAUCAUGUAAGAAGCUGCCGGGGAGUCUGCACAGGUUGCAUCCCAAACAAGUGUUCUUCCCUUCUCCCACGCUUCCAUCCAGCCAUUUCUUUUCGUCAUCCCCUGAGUUCGAGGAGUAAAUUGUUGUCGAUCGAUGCCAGACCUUGAUAUAAAUUCUGUUCAGAUUUUCGUGACGGAAAAAUUUGUCUAGAGUGGUUUUUUGUGUGCAGACCGUUCCUGUCUAGGAUAUCUACCAAAACAUCGUGGAAUAGAUUUUCAAGCCUAGUCGCUCACCACGUCAUUGGUUAAAAACGUGCCGAUGCUUGGACCCGGAACGACGAAUGAAUUUUAUUUUGAAGAUGUUCGAAACAAAAUGGUUUUCUUGGAAUGGGGAAGCUCAUUUCGGAAAGUGAUUCUAAUUUAUCACAAACUGUUGACGUUUAUUAUGUUGUCGAUCAGCCAUACGCCAAUUAAUUUAGUUUUCUUAACCCAGUUCAUCCGCAAAUUAAUCAAUUGACAAAUUUUCGUUAGCACUCGUGGUUAAAUAUUGCCGAUUAGAAAAUGUGUCAUUUAAAUAGAAUUGAAAUUGUGCAGCGUUAGAGCGAAAGAGAACGGUUUCAUCUGCAGUGACAGACGUAAAAAUAUAACAAAAAAUAAUAAUAAUUUUUAGUGAGAUUUGACUGCAUCCAGAAAAAAAUAAUUGGAAAGAACUAACAGACGAAAUCAACGCGGAUAUUCCCUUAAGUUUUAAUUUGUUUUACCUUAAAAUUCACUCAUAAUUUAAAAAAAAAGAAAAGUUAAGAAAGUAAAAAAAAGAAUAAAUUUUAAGUAGAGCACUUUAUAAUUAUACACGUAAAUGUUGUUCAUAGUGAAUAUACCAUUUUUUUAAAAACAAAAAACAAAUAAUAAAUUUAGAAGAAAGAGAGAAAUGAGAAGCACUUAAAAUAAAAAGAAUUUUUCAAUUUUAUUUUCGUUUUAAAAUUAAUAAUUUUGUGAUUUAAUUAAUUAGUUGUUUUUAGUUCUUAAAUUAAAUUUUUACUUUAUUUCUGUUUUUUUUAUUAUUUCAAUUUCUAUGAACUUAGUUUUUAUAAGUAAGAGAAACGAUUUAUAUAUACGCACGCCCAUCCCCCCCAUCAUAUACUACAUAAUAUUUAGCUAAUAUCUACAUACAAGUAACUUGAAAACUGUCGUUCCGAUAUUAAAUUCCUAAUUUCUAUUCUUACCAAUUUUUCACUCUUCCUUUCAAAUAAAAAAAGUCUGAGAUCUUUUGCUGCGGCAGCAAUGCAUUGAAACAUUGUUGAAAGUUUGUAUUUAUACGGCUUUUCAGUCUAACCGAACUUAGUCGAAUCAAGUACUUUGACCUAAAAAUGAACCUGACAUGACCCGAUUUACCGUUGAUGUGAUCUACAUUGACUUCACUUGAAAGUAAAUUUUAUUUAGAAAUUUAAAUGGAAAAAUCCUCGGAAAGAUCAGAUAACUUGAUAACGUACCAAGUCAGAUCAGGUUUUUAAUGUUAAGAUCGAUCCAGAUCUCAGGUCAGGUUAAAAUUUUAAACCAAUCAGGUUCAGGUCAACUCUGGUUCAGAUAACUUCAGGUUUAAAACAACCUGACCUGAUUCCAAGCUCACAUUCUUUUCAAAAUUGGUUUCUGAAUUUUCGCGGACAUUCGAAUAAUUUCAGAAUUCGUUUUUCAGAAUGUAAUCAUUGCCUCGGUCUCGAUCUCGGUCUCGGAAAAGCUCAGAUCAACCUUAAAUGCCAUGAGAAAAACCUAAACCAGUUUUGACCGGAACCUAAUGUCAUGAAUUUUCACCAGACCUGAAACCUAAUUUUCGUUUUCAGGUCCGACCUAUCAGGUAACCUUAACUACUUGUUUCGAAAAAUUACCUGAACCUGAAUUGUCAGAUCAGGUUCAAUUUGAACGUAGUCAACUUCAACUUGUUUCGAGCAACCCGGAUCUAAAUCCAUCUAAUCUACACAUAAACAUCAGAAAUUUAGAAGCGGGUACGUACAACGUUGUGUAUGAGGAGUUUACGUCAGUCGCCAUUUUUUUUACUUUGACCGUAUCGCAAAAAAAAACACGGCUGCCAUCGGUAACUUUAACUGCAUUUCAGUACAAAAUUUCAACUGAACUGAAAUUGCGCUACAAUUUUCAGUCGAAUUUUGCGAUAACGGAGAACUGAGAACGGAGAACCCCAGUGAUCGGCAUAACCUCGUCAUAUAAUACCUUGGGCAUGGGCUUUGAAUUUCUUUCAGCCAGUGGUUUCCUCAUACUCCUUUCAAAUGAUCAUUGAUUACUGUUCAUUCAGCUUAUUCUAAAAAUUAAAAGGGACAACUAAUUUAUUGGGGAGAUUGUGAUUUUCACGUUGACGUAAAAUUCGGAAUCUCCCUAUUACAAGGAGUAGUUUUUUACACGGGAAAUUAUCUAUGUCACGACGUUUUCCAUUUGGGACAGUUUGGUUGUAAUUGAAAUGAGACCCAUUCAAAUCGAGAAACCCGCAAGGUCGUUUUAAUAUGAUUCAGGAUCAAACUUCGGAUUUUUUUUUGUUACCGUGGAACGCUACACAGCAUUAAAUUUACAAUCUUUUUUAAAUUAAAAUUUUUCUCGCAAAAAAAAUUGAUUAAUUUUGUUACAACAUUAAUAGCGAAUGUGGAUCGUUAAUUCCAAUUGAAAUUGAUUCAAAAUUCAAAAAUGAAACCGACGUUUUAGUGAA